AUGCGGGGAUCUGAUUACCGCUCAAAUUCAAUGUCAAGCAAUCAUUCUGUGAGUGGUUUUGAGGAAGCAUCGUACACUGACCGCAGCGAGACCCCAUUCAACAAGUCGAAAAAUAUAGAAUUCACACCCGCGUCUGCUCAGAGGAAUAUGGAUGAAAGUUAUCCUGGUAGAAGCAUUUCCUCCAAAAGCCGCAAGGCCGUUCGUCCUGUUUUUGCAGCUGGCUUAAGUUAUGAGGAUGAGGCAGGUUUUAGUAUGGCCAUCACUCCGGAAUACACCAGUUUGCAGUCGUCGGUAGAGGUCAACCAUCUACAUCAAGCAAAUGUCACUGCGGUUCCUGAACUUGACACAAAGACCGAAGAGGUAGGCAGCACAUUGUAG